AUGGGUCACAGUAACUACAAUACUGAUGCCGAGAAAGCGAUUUCACCUGUCAUAGCAUUAUCGAAUGCUGGGGCGGAAUCGAGUGACUUGCCCGAGUCUCAUCAGCUUCAUAGGCAGCUUCAAAAUCGACAUGUGGCCAUGAUCUCCAUUGGAGGGGCAAUAGGCACGGGAUUGUUCAUUGGAACGGGUUCCGCAUUGGCCAACGGGGGGCCUUUUACACUAGUAUUUGGCUAUUCCUUGAUGGGAUUAAUGAUAUGGACACUUAUGUGCAGCUUAGGGGAGAUGAUUGCACAUUUACCUAUUCCCGGUGGUCAUCUUGCGCUUGCGGAUCGCUUCUUUUCACCAAGCCUAUCAUUCACUCUGGGAUGGUCUUAUUGGUAUCUUUGGUCAAUGACUCUCCCAACUGAGCUUUCAGCCUCGGCGCUUUUUGUUGGUUUUUGGACAGAAAAGGUGAACAUGGCAAUUUUUUCUUUGAUAAACCUGGGAGGAGUACGAUUUUACGGGGAGAUGGAAUUUUGGUUCUCCAGUGUCAAAGUCAUUACAAUUGUUGCAGUCAUUAUCUUGGGUCUAGUUUUGGACCUAGGUGCCGUCACGGGAGACAGGAUUGGAUUUCGAUAUUGGAGAGACCCAGGUACAGACGACGACUUUUGCGUAUUUUAG